AUGGUGGAGAAGCGCUGCCCGCUGCAGAGGGACGGCGUGUACCGCUGGUUCUCGGAGCUGCCGUCGCCGCAGCGCGUGGAGUUCCUGUGCGGCCUGCUGGACCUGUGCAUCCCGCUCGAGCUGCGCUUCCUCGGCUCGUGCCUGGAGGACCUGGCCCGCAAGGACUACCACUCGCUGCGCGACUCGGAGAUCAAGGCCAACAACCCGGCCGACCUGGGCAGCCUCACCAACCUGACGGACGAGGUGGUGCGCAGCAAGCUGCUGGUGUCGCUGGCGCUGCUGGGCUCGGAGCAGCGCGAGGCGGCGGGCGUGCUCUACCGCACGCUCACGCACAUCGACUCCAUCAUCCACAACUACGGGCUGCAGCUCAACGAGGGCCGCACGGGCGAUGAGUUCCUGCUGCUCUUCACCAUGGCCUCCAACCACCCGGCCUUCAGCUUCCACCAGAAGCAGGUGCUGCGCCAGGAGCUCACGCAGAUCCAGAGCAGCCUGAACGGCGGCGGGGGCCACGGCGGCAAGGGCGCGCCCGGGCCGGGCGGCGCGCUGCCCACCUGCCCGGCGUGCCACAAGAUCACUCCAAGAACUGAGGCCCCUGUCAGCAGUGUCAGUAAUAGUUUGGAGAAUGCCCUGCACACAUCAGCACAUUCCACGGAGGAGUCGCUGCCCAAGAGGCCCUUAGGAAAACACAGCAAAGUGAGUGUUGAAAAGAUAGACCUGAAGGGAUUAUCACACACAAAAAAUGACAGAAAUGUUGAAUGUUCCUUUGAGGUCUUAUGGUCUGAUUCUUCAAUAACAUCAGUAACCAAAUCUUCUUCUGAAGUGACUGAAUUUAUUUCAAAGCUAUCUCAGCUCUACCCUGAAGAGAACUUGGAGAAACUCAUUCCUUGCUUAGCUGGUCCGGAUGCAUUUUAUGUGGAGCGAAACCACGUGGAUCUGGACUCAGGCCUGAGGUACCUGGCCUCAUUACCUUCUCACGUGUUGAAAAAUGACCAUGUCAGGAGGUUUCUCAGCACUUCCUCUCCCCCCCAGCAGCUUCAGAGUCCAAGUCCUGGCAACCCCCCCCUUUCUAAAGUAGGUACCGUGAUGGGCGUGUCUGGAAGGCCUGUGUGUGGAGUGGCUGGUAUCCCGUCCUCGCAGAGCGGAGCCCAGCACCACGGGCAGCACCCGGCUGGCUCAGCUGCCCCCUUGCCCCACUGCUCCCAUGCGGGCAGCGCGGGCUCAGCCCUGGCCUACCGGACCCAGAUGGACACAUCGCCUGCCAUCCUCAUGCCUUCCAGUCUGCAGACCCCUCAGACCCAGGAGCAGAACGGGAUUCUAGACUGGCUUAGGAAACUGCGUUUGCACAAGUAUUACCCCGUCUUUAAGCAGCUCUCCAUGGAGAAGUUUUUGAGCCUUACUGAAGAAGAUCUGAAUAAAUUUGAGUCUCUCACCAUGGGGGCAAAGAAGAAGCUCAAGACCCAGCUGGAGCUGGAAAAGGAGAAGUCAGAGAGACGGUGCCUGAAUCCCUCUGCCCCAUCGCUGGUCACCAGCAGUGGUGUGGCUCGAGUGCCCCCCACCAGCCACGUCGGGCCUGUGCAUUCGGGGCGGGGCAGCCAUGCAGCAGAGCUGCGAGUGGAAGUGGAGCAGCCCCAUCACCAGCUGCCCCGGGAAGGCAGCUCUUCGGAGUACUCCAGCUCCUCCUCCAGCCCCAUGGGGGUGCAGGCCCGGGAAGAGAGCUCCGACAGCGCUGAGGAGAAUGACAGACGUGUGGAGAUUCACUUGGAGAGCUCUGACAAGGAGAAGCCGGUGAUGCUGCUGAAUCACUUCACUUCCAGUUCCGCCAGACCCACGGCCCAGGUUCUCCCUGUGCAGAAUGAGGCCAGCUCCAAUCCAUCAGGCCACCACCCCCUGCCCCCGCAGAUGCUGAGCGCAGCCUCACACAUCGCACCCAUCCGCAUGCUGAAUUCCGUGCACAAGCCGGAAAGAGGGAGCGCGGACAUGAAGCUCCUCUCGUCCUCUGUGCACUCACUUUUGUCUCUAGAAGAAAGGAAUAAAGGAUCUGGACCAAGAAGCAGCAUGAAAGUGGACAAGAGCUUUGGCAGCGCCAUGAUGGACGUGCUGCCCACGUCUGCACCCCACCAGCCUGUGCAGGUUCUCUCUGGGCUUUCGGAGAGCAGCUCCAUGUCACCCACAGUCUCCUUUGGUCCCCGGACCAAAGUCGUGCACGCAUCCACGCUGGACAGGGUGCUGAAGACAGCACAGCAACCGGCCCUGGUGGUGGAGACCAGCACGGCCACCACGGGGACGCCCAGCACAGUCCUCCAUGCCGCCCGUCCGCCCAUCAAACUGCUGCUGUCGUCAUCUGUUCCUGCUGAUUCUGCCAUUUCUGGGCAAACUUCCUGUCCUAAUAAUGUGCAAAUAAGUGUGCCCCCUGCAAUAAUAAACCCCCGGACUGCUCUGUACACAGCCAACACCAAAGUUGCCUUUUCUGCAAUGAGCAGUAUGCCAGUGGGCCCCCUGCAGGGUGGCUUCUGUGCAAACAGCAACACUGCCUCUCCCAGCAGCCACCCCUCCACGUCCUUUGCCAACAUGGCCACGUUGCCCAGCUGCCCAGCCCCCAGCUCCAGCCCGGCGCUGUCCUCCGUCCCUGAAAGCAGUUUCUAUAGCAGCAGCGGCGGUGGCGGCUCCACAGGAAACAUUCCUGCCUCGAAUCCGAACCACCACCACCACCACCACCAUCAGCAGCCCCCGGCACCCCCACAGCCCGCCCCACCCCCGCCGGGCUGCAUUGUGUGCACAUCCUGUGGCUGCAGCGGCAGCUGCGGCUCGAGUGGCCUGACUGUCAGCUACGCCAACUACUUCCAGCACCCGUUCUCCGGUCCGUCCGUGUUCACCUUCCCGUUCUUGCCCUUCAGUCCCAUGUGCAGCAGCGGCUACGUCAGCGCCCAGCAGUACGGCGGCGGCUCCACCUUCCCCGUCGUGCACGCCCCCUACAGCAGCAGUGGGACCCCAGACCCUGUCCUGAGUGGGCAGUCCACGUUUGCCGUGCCACCCAUGCAGAACUUCAUGGCAGGGACAGCAGGGGUGUACCAGACCCAAGGACUGGUGGGCAGUAGCAAUGGUUCCAGUCACAAAAAGAGCGGGAACCUAUCUUGUUACAACUGCGGGGCCACUGGUCACCGCGCCCAGGACUGCAAACAGCCGUCCAUGGACUUCAACCGGCCAGGUACUUUUAGGUUGAAAUACGCCCCUCCAGCAGAAAGUCUGGACUCCACAGAUUGAUAUUUUUCUCUGGCAACAGAACACUAUUAAGCCGUGGAGACCUAAGGAAAAUUACAUACAAAACUGAGAAGUCUAGUUGCUGUUGAGCUUAAUCUUUUUAAUCCAAAGGUGCUUUACUUUUCCUAGACUGAAUAGAAAAUCUAGCGUAGAAGUGCAUCAAACUCGAUUUAUUGCCAAAACCCUAGAUUGGAGCUUGGUGUCAGAACUUGCCUAGUGGGCAUCUCUGUGGCUGGUGAAAUCGGCUACCUACACUUUUGGUUGCAGUGCAGAGACGCCACAUCUCCCGAAGAGCAUUGCCAUCACUGGCCCUCCUAGGCUCACAUGUCAAUUCCAGGGCAGCUACACGUGGUCUGAAUCGAGAACUGAGCUUGGAGUUCUCCAAGUGGAGUUCCACCCGCCGGACUCCUGACACCCCUGGGCUAGGGAAAAUGUCGACUUUGUUUUGUUCUGUUCCUAAAGUGAUUAGCACUAAUCUCUGGGAUUUUUAAGGAUUGCACUACAGAAGAAUGUACCCUGAUGUAAAUCUCUGCGGUUCUGGGAGCCAAACUCCUCUGAGAACAGUCAGUGCAAGAGACUCCAAUAAUCCAUAUUGAAAGAGUCAGCACCAGCAGAGGCUACUCGACUUGGGACGCAACAGAGGUUUUAGUAUUUCCUUCCCUCCUCCAAGCACUUGUAGCAGUUUCAGGUUUUUAAUUUUUUUCUGCAAAUAAAUCUAAACUACAUUAUUAAAUAGAAAUAGUUUACUCGCAACAACUUAAUUUCUAAGGGUCCAAGUCCCAGAGAAUCCAUAGUCGUCAAAGCUUUGAGAGUAUCUUUCUUCCCAGCCGGUCAGUGGCUUUGAGCCCGAUCUUCCACUACAAAUGACCUCUCGAGGGGGCAUGGCGACAGCGCAGCUCUGUGAGUGGCUGUGAGGAUGCUGCACGUCCUUAGCAGAGUUUGCAAGUUGCUUUAUCUCCCACGGGCUCCCCAAGAACCUCCAACCCUGAGGCUUAUCGCUAGUGGAUUCACACCUGAGACAGACAUUUCAACAAUGAUACAGUCCUGUCAUUUAUCAGCAAAAGAUUGGGAAUUUUCUCCUGUCAACUUUUGUAUUAGGCUGUGUAUUGAUAGUUAAUUCCGUUAAAAAUUACUUGGAAAACAGUGGGAAGUGGUAGGACUCUUGCAAGAGGCCACACACCCGAGAGCUACGAGAUCUGUGCAAGUCUGGUUUUGGUUAGGUAGUAAUAAAAGUCCUCACUGUAGAUCUCUAAAUUUCAACCCACGGAAAUGAAAGCCUUUUGUCUGAAAUUUACAGACUUAAAUCUUCAAGGUUAAAGGGAAUUUUCUGCUCAAAUAAUACUCUUAUCUAAAAUGCGAAAGUCUUCAAUGUUAAAAUACUGAUUGGUAAAAUCUUGCCAGGGAUUUUGCAGUUGGAUACUUAUUUUUUAAAAAAUUACAAUAUUCAGACUAUUCUUAAAAUGGGACAAUCAGCCUCAUGAAAAAUUGAUGUAAAUCAAAAGAAUACCCUAGAAUGACGCAUUGUGAUGUGAGGGUUCAAUUUUAAGAGCAGUUCCUAACUUCAUAGAAACUAAAGCAGAAAGUUGUUACAUUUUUUUUAUGACAGGCUUUUAGUAGAAUUUUUUAGUUUUAUUUUAGUUGAAUUUUAUUUCUAUGCAAUGCAGAAUUAACAGACCUCUUCUCCUCAUGGUACACAGUAUUACAGUGUUGAAGUAAUGGUGAUGCUUAUUACAACAGCUAUUUAGGGGAAUGUUACGUUGAUCUCUUAAAUUAUAAACACUACAAAAUGUCAAAAUAAUGAGAACUGACACAACUUUGCCUUAAAGAGUACUAGACUGGACCUUCUCAUAUUACGUUAAAGGAAGACUUAGAGUGUUCAUUGAUGUUUACGAUUUUAAUAUUUCUGAAGGCCAUUACAGUGGCCUGGAUAUGUGCUGAAAGCCAAACUUUUAAAUUUUUUGGUUUUUUAAACAAAGAAAUAUUUUAAAUAAAUCCUAUUUCAACACUGAAAUUGUUGAAAACCGUCUCAUAACAAAAGGAAAAAACAUUUAAAUUUUUGUUUUAGUGGUCAGUAUAGGGGAAUGAAAGCGUCUGUUGUUACCCAUGUAACUAUUUUGAUAAGUAUUAGAGGUUAACCUUAAAUCCAGCAAAACAUUAAAACAGAAACUUUUCAACUUGAAGCCUGCCAUUCAGUGUUGAGGUAGAUGAGUUCCGACACUGUCACGGCUCUGUUCCCGGCAGCGAAGGCCUCUGCGGAGCUGCCAGUCAUCUUGAACGUGCAUGGGCAGUGUGUGACAUCUCCAGGGAGGCUGUCCGAAGUCGAGAAUCGUGAGCUGUAAAUAGGAACUACACAGUGCAGAGAAAAUGGAACCACCCAUCCGUGAGGCCUCUUUCCUGAGGGAGCCGCACACUUGGACUUGAGAGUUUGCCAGCAGUGAGCUCGGAUGCAUCUCUCCAAAAGCAACCAAGAUCGGCGCGCCUGAAGAGCGUUUUGCGUUCAUCAGACUUCCUCAUCUGAAAACACAGAACAUACUGACCCUUUCAAGUACUUAGUCAUUUUCCUGAAAUUACGGUCUGUUUCAGAAUGCUGUGGCAACCAGGUAGGUGUGGCACUGGCCACGUGCCACGUCUUUGCCCUUUGUAGUCUGUCAGAUAUUAAAGUUUCUAACCCUGUUUUUUUAACCUCCAAGAAUGGGGAAAGUGGAAUGUAGAGAUGGAAGCAGAACGUGAUGUUGGGAUACAACAGCUAUUUAAUCCUUCGUUUUAUUUUGUAAGCAAACCACUCAGUUUUCUACCUUAUUUUCUAAUGUUGAUUUCACGGUAAUAUUGACAGUUGGAAGUGUUUAACAUAAAAACUCAUUGCUAAAGAGCACUGAGGAAAUGGGAGCUAGCACUUGUAAUAAAAAUAAAGACAAAAUAUUUUCUUGAAUGCA